AUGCAGAUUCAACAGCUCCCAGCAUUUAUAUUUUCAUUUGUUUACACAACAGUCUUAGCUACAAUAACAAGGUGUGUAGGAGCACAAAGUUUACUCCUGUUGGAAGUAAAAUACUUUCAAAGGAAAUCAAACUUCGGUUUUUGCAUUGAUCACUGUACUGAAUACACAAAGAAAUAUGAUCGAUUGCGUUUCAUCUUACAAAGCGAGUCAACAAAAUCCGUAGAUGUCGAUAUGAAGUUGUAG